GCAAUUCUCGAGGAAAACCCAAAACCAGGGCUCUCUUUCUCUUCUCGAUUCAGUCUGUUUCCACAGCUUUCUUCAACUCUCCUUCACUUUCUUUCGGUCCCAUCAUAUACGUUUUGUUUUGCCUCUUCUACACUCCUCGCCGGAAAAUCAACAACCUUGUCUCCAUAGCCGUCGCAAAGAACAUCCAUUGUAAUUGAAACCCACAAAGAUUUCACUUUCUUCCCCGAUUACAUCUCUUUUGAUUCAAAUCUUUCACAAUGCUUCAUGGGUUUUUGAAAAAUCGAGUAAUUAAUGCAACUCGAUUUUGGUAAAGACUCGAUUUUUUCUUGAUGGGUUUCUUUAAUUGAUCGUCGUAAAGAUUCAGACGUCUUUCUUCAAUGCUUCGUGUUUACUUUGAAGACUUGAAGUUGGUUUGUUGAUGUAGACUCUUUUUGUUAACUUUCUCUUGAUGAUUUGAGUCGAAUUCAUUUGUGGGUUUUGGAGAGAAACCAAAUUCUGCAUUUUUGCUACUUCAAUGGAGCAUUCGGGGUCCGCUAAUUCUUCAAUAGCUGGAACUAGUGGUCGUUCAGUGGCUUUAGAAAUUGAUCUUAACGAAGCCCCUCUUCCUUCUCCUCGAGAAGUUGUCGGUGGCAGCGCCGUUGGUGGUUUUGCGGCGGAACACCGGUGCGGUUCUUGUGGUGAGGUGGAAGGGUCGAUGGUGGUGUGUGGUGAUUGUGGGAGACGGUUUCAUGUAAAGUGUUUGGGGGUGAGAGAAGAGCAAAGGGGUUGGAAGUGUUUUGAGUGUUUGAUAGAAUGCCGCAGUGGGAGGAGGUUGUCGCGAGCUGCCGGAAGUGGUGGUGGUUCAGGGCUUUUCGACAUGAACGCCUCUCCUCCACGAGAAGCAGAUGGCUGUGAGGAGGAUUAUUUCGUAAAUUCGAACCUAGUAUUAGCAGCCACCUUUCCAAAAAUGCACGAUAUGCGGCGUAAUCCUUUUGUUGGAUUUGCUUUAAGUUCUCCAAUGGCCCAUUCAGAUAUGAAGUUCGUAGCUAGUGGAUUUCCAUCCCAAAAUGUCGCUUGCAGUAUGACACGGAUGGCACAUUUAAAUCUUGAAAACGCAACACAAAAAGGCAAUCUCGUGUAUCUGCAGGCACUUAAAGACUACAUAUCCAAAAACCGAGGUGUUCUAGGAGAUGGGUGGCGUGUUAAAUUCGAAUACUCCGAAAGCAGUUGCAAAACUUCUGCAAUUUACUUUUCCCCAGAUGGAGCUAGAUUCAAUUCCAUGUCAGAAGUUGCUCAUUGUCUUGGUUUAAUAGCAACACCUUUUGAAACAGAAGAUGAGGGUAGUGGCAUUGUAUUAUUGCAGAAAGGAUCGCAUUCUACGAAAAGAACGAAGGACGCUCUAAGGUCACAGAGGGGCAAUAACGUCAAAGAGCAUAAGAAUAUGUUGCGCAGCAAGGACAGCAAUGGCGGAAAUGCAAUAGAAGUUGACUCUGUGGCUAAUGGUACUUAUGGGUCACAAUCAUUUCGUGAUGAUUUCCCAGUUCAGUUUGAAGGGUUCUUUGUUAUAUCAGUUGGCAAAGUUGAUCCACGGCCUUCAUUCCACACUACCUCUCAAAUCUGCCCUGUAGGUUAUCGAUCCAUCUGGCACGAUAAGUUCACUGGGUCCAUUUUCGUCCAUGACGUUUUAGAUGGUGGCGAAUGUGGCCCAAUUUUCAGAGUACAUAGGUACCCAUGCACCAAUCAGUCAAUUCCCUAUGCUUCAAAAGUGCUCUGCAUGAUAAAAUGUGGGUCAAAUCAUUGGGAUAAUGCCGAUUCUGCUAUUAAUGGGACAUUUCAUGAUGAUGAUGAUGCAAACAUUCACAUGAUGUUUACAGAACAUAGUCCACCCCAUCUAGAUGACGAUGAUGAUAGUUCUUCGUGUUCUUUGAAGAUAACAAGUUGUUUGACUGCCGAACCGAGCGUUUCUCUUCAAAAAGCUCAAGGAAUCACCUCCAAAAAUGAUCUUAUCGGUGAAUUUUCAGUGGAAGAGCGCUCUUUAUCAUCUGCUUGGCAGAAAGCCGUAGAAACUCUACUACGUGCAUGCCGUAAAGCUUACGCCAAGAAAAACGCUCUAACUUUUUGUUGCAAUCAUCAUGUUGACGGACAAGAUCUUAGCGGAUCUUACGAUAUUGACUCAUUAGGGAAGUUUUGUUCUUUAGCCGGCCCUGUUGACAGCAUCCCGGAGAUGAUACUGACGGUUGAGGAGCUUGAAUCCGCUUGUGAAGUGCUUGGAAAAUGGUUAGAACCGGAUAGAUUUGGUUUAGAUGCAGAAUUUGUACAAGAACUCAUAGAACAACUUCCUGGGGUUAGCGCCUGUUCCAAAUAUAAAUCUUUGAAUGCACGAUGUCAAAGCUCGACUUCACAAACUGUCAUGAGUGGGUUCUUUAUGGCUAUAAGUAAGAACGGUUUACCACACGAGAUGGUGUCAAAUAGUCUCAGAAGAAGCCACAAAAGACCGAGUCCGCCAGGCAACACGGUCACCUCUAUCCUUCCUCCUCAUUUGAUUGGUGAUGUUCUUCAGGCCUAUGAGAUCUGCUUGCGGUUUUAUGAAGUUCUGGGCCAGGAGGCACCAGUAUCUAGACAAGUGAUGGAGAAUGAGCUCAUGAACCCAUGGGUUGAUGAUUUGAAGCCGGUGAAAAGAUCAUCGAUUGAUUUUCAAAAGAACGGGAUCAUGAAAGCAUGUGAAGUUGACAGACGAGAUGGUAUUCCCUCUGUCGACGGUGAAGAUUCUGUUGAUGCAGCAGAAGAACACGAGGGAGAUGGUUCUCGAGCAGAAGCAGCUAGCAAAUGUACAGGUGUCGAACUGGCGAAAUUCCACAUGGCACUACUAAAGGUGCUAAUAGAAGACGUGCUAGUUAAAGUUAAGGAAAUCUUUGAUCCUUUUGGUGCCAUGGAGUCGAAGACAAGAAAAGGGAGGAAGAAAGAUGUGGACGUUGCAGUUGGUAGUAAGAAGAUAAAUCUUGAUAUGUUUCCCGUGAAUGAAUUUACUUGGCCCGAACUAGCCCGGAGAUACAUUUUGGUUGUGUUGUCUAUGGACGGUAACCUUGAGUCUUCGGAGGUCAUGACUCGUGAGUGUGGUAAAGUGUUCCAUUGCUUGAACGGUGAUGGUGGCACGCUUUGUGGUUCACUUACAGGAGUGGCGGCAAUGGAGGCUGAUGCCAUGGUUCUAGCAGAAGCCUCCAAGAAAAUCUUUUCUUCUGUAAACAGUAAAGUUGUCGACUUUAUUAUAGAUCAGAAAGAGAUCGAUACCGGAGACUCUGCCAAGGAAACGAAUUUAAUCGAUGAUGACGCCCCCGAGUGGAUGCAGGUUCUUGAACCUGUAAGGAAGUUACCUACUAACGUUGGUGCAAGAAUUAGGCGGUGCAUUCAUGAAUCUUUAAACAAAAAUCCACCCGAAUGGGCGAAAAAGAUAUUGGAACACUCGAUAAGCAAAGAAGUCUAUAAAGGCAACGCAUCGGGACCAACAAAGAGAGCUGUUAUCUCGGUUCUUGAGAAAGUGAGAGUCGAAAAUCCUCAGCAGAAGCCCACCGAGAAGAAAGAGAAGGAAAAGAGUGGUGUCAGAACACUAUCCGAUGCUGUUAUGAAACGGUGUCGUGUAGUUUUACGCUCUGUUGCUGCUGCAGAUGAUGACCGAGUUUUUUUCAAUCUUUUGGCGAAAACAUUUUUGAAGCCAAAUGAUCCGGAUGAUGCGGGAGUUCUUGGAUAUCCUGCAAUGGUUUCCCGUCCAUUAGACUUUCGGACAAUUGACCUGAGAUUGGCUGCGGGCUUUUAUGUCACUUCUCAUGAAUCUUUCAUCGAGGAUGUUCGUGAGGUUUGGCAGAAUUUACGAAUAGCUUAUCGUGACAAACACGAUCACAUUGAGUUGGUUGAAACGCUAUCGAGAAAAUUUGAAGAAUUGUAUGAGGAAGAGGUACUUAACCUGGUCAGCAGAAUUAUGGAGAGUGGCAACAGUUUUGAUUCGUCAAGCGAAGAAGGGAAGAAAGAGUUAAAUACUCUUCUCGUUGAGACAAGUGAGAGCUCACUCCCCCCUGCACCAUGGGAGGACGGGGUGUGUAAAGUAUGUGGGAUGGAUAAAGAUGAUGAUAGCGUAUUAUUAUGUGAUAAAUGUGAUUCCGAAUACCAUACAUACUGUUUAGAUCCUCCACUUGCAAGGAUUCCUGAUGGGAAUUGGUAUUGCCCUUCAUGCAUUUCAAGUCAAUCCACUCCACAAGAUGAGCGUUGUGGGACCCGAGCACUAUGUCGUUGGCGUGGAAAGAAGAAACUUCGGAAAGAAUUCACUCGAAAUCUAAUGGAGACACUGGCUCCAUUGGCGGAUGCAAUGGAGUUAAUAGAGUAUUGGGAAUUAGGCAUCGAGGAGAGAGUUUUUCUUUUCAAAUUCUUAUGUGAUGAGGCCCUGAGCUCUGGAGUUGUUCGAAAUCACCUAGGUCCCGACUCGGGUGAUUUGGAAAAGAAGUUGCGAAAGCUCUACAAAGAGUUGAAAAACCAAAAUAAAAGAGAAGAAUCUCUGGUUUCAACUUCGGCUAAAGAAAGUGAAGAUAGAUGUCAGGAAGAGUAUUGGUCCUUUUCAAAAUCUAGUGAUAGUCAAAGUCAAGUACAAAAUGAAGAAAAUGACGAAAAUAGGCAUGUAAAAGCGAGCCAGGAUCAAGAAUCAGUUUCGCAGGAAAACAGACUAGAAGCAGCUGAUGUCAAGAAUAGGGUUUCUUCUUUACAGGAAAGAAUUUCAACUUUGGAAUCGAAAAUAGCGAAACCUGUUGUUCGAAGAGAGUAUUUGGGGAGGGAUUUAGUUGGAAGACACUAUUGGGUUCUUAGUGAUCCUGAAAGGUUGGUUGUGUCGGGCCCACAUAGUAGACGGAAGGCAUCUGCAGCCUCUUCCAGUUUCUUGUCGAGAUUGAAUGAAUGUGAAAUGCCUGAAUUGUACGCAUCUGAUGACGCCUUGUGGACUUGCUACGAAUCCGAUACAGAAAUUCAGGAGCUCAUUGGGUGGCUAAGAGACGAUGAUUCAAGAGAGAAAGAAUUGAAAGAGACCAUCAUACAGUGGCAAACAAAUAGACCAAAUGACGCUAAUGCCCCCCAAAACCGUGUUCAAACAGGUCAAGCGAAUCCCUGUUAUGGCACCAAAGCAAGGGCAGCAUUGGAAAAGAAGUUUGGUUCUUCCAUGGAACAAGGGGCGAUUCAGUUUUCGAAGAAGCAGGGUCGAAAGGGUAAAAUGAUCAACAAGGGGAAAUGGUACAGGUGCGAUUGUUUGGAGUUAGUGGGGCCUACUCGACACCAUUGCUCAUCAUGCCACUGGACAUUUUUGACUAACGAGGAGCUAGAUGGGCAUAACGAUGGAAAAUGUGAGAAUCGUCAAGAAUGUGAAGGUCCCUCGAAAUCUAAGAAGGUUCCAUUUGACAAGCAGCCAGCUUUGACAGCUCGUCGUGAUGAACCUGAUUCACCAUUCGUCUUUGAGGAGAUUCGGGCCAAGUUUUGCACUCGAAGUUCUCUUAAAGAAGAAGUCAAAGAUAUAGGGCUUAUCGGGUCAAACGGAAUCCCAUCGUUUCUAGGAAAAGUGCCUUCACCGAAUAGUGAUGCUGCUUUAUUGUUAGUUUCAGAAACGAAAAAAUGGGUUAAUUCCUAUGACGGGUCAACAGAUUAUCAGCCGUCGGAGAAACAGGGUACAAAUGAGACACCAUCUAAGGUUGAAAGAUUGAAGCCCAAGGGUACAAGUGGAAAAUCUUCAUUGAAGAACAAAACUCCGGUGCGUAUUUGCCAAUCGUCCUUGAAGCCGUUAAUGGGCAGGGUUCUUGAAAUCCUUCGGUUGCUUAAGAUCAAUUUGUUUGAUAUGGAAACUGCACUCCCACAAGAAGCUUUGAGACCUUCAAGGGGAGGCUUGGAUCGUUUACGUGCUUGGUGUGCUUUUGUGAAAUCGGCACAAUCAAUUUAUGAGAUGGUACAAGCAACAAUCAUGCUAGAGGACAUGAUUAAAACAGAGUAUCUGAGAAAAGAAUGGUGGUAUUGGUCAUCACCUUCAACCGCUGCUAAAAUCUCCAACAUUUCCGCUCUUUCUCUACGGAUAUACGCCCUUGAUGCAGCCAUCUAUUACGACAAACCUCCAGUAGACCCCACAGAACCCGUAACACCCAAGAGUUCCAGGUCAGAAAAGAAGACAUCCGAAAAGUCAAAUGCAAAAGACUCAUCUGAAAAGUCAAACCCAAAGAACAAUCAUCGGUCAAGCAGCUCACCAUCCGUCACUGAUUCAAAAGCCGCCGAGCCACCUUCAAGACCGAAAACGAGAUCAAAGAAGAGGAUGAGAGAUUCUGACAGUUAAAGCUUUUUUGUCUUUAGACUUGUAAAGUGGUAGUAUGAAUCAAGAGGACUGCUGACUGAUUCAUUUAUGCUGAUAUAGAGGUGGUGUUUGGGUGUAGAUAGGUUGAAACAGAAGUGGGUGUAGUUUGAUUUUGUUUUUGGUUUUGUGUUGUAUAUACUUGUUUUUGUGGUUUUCUUGAAGAUUUUCUUGAUGGGAAAACAAGAAUUACAUACAUUGUGAUUGCUUUUUGAAAUAGGAUGAUUAUAGGAAGGAUGGCAUUGUGCUUUGAAUGGAAGAAAAAUAACUCCAAAAUGUUGCCU